AGGCGCAGCCGGAGCAGCUGAUUCUGGCUGACUCGAGUCUGCUCGAGUCGCUGAUUACAGUCACUGUACCUUUAAUUUUUUUUCGCUCUUAGGUUAACGUCCCGUUAAUUGACAAAGUGAUGUUGGGGAAAAUAAAAACGAAGCAAGAGAAAAGCGGGGAGAUCAUCGCGUAUAGCGAAUCGGCAGUUGCGAACAAUGCCGCGGUAGUAGAAUAUUGUAAGAUUUCGAUGGCAGCUUUGUCUGGUGGUACAGCUGGACUGCUAGGACUGACCGGAUUGUACGGAUUCGGAUUUUAUAUCUUUGCUGUUUUCGGGUUGUGGGCAAUGCUAUUAAUGAAAGCUGGUGGCCAGUGGAGGAAAUAUUUCAUUAGCAGGCGGCAUCUUUUAACCAGCGGGUUCUUUGGAGGGCUUUGCACAUACGUUUUAUUCUGGACAUUUUUAUAUGGAAUGGUUCACGUCUACUGAGAAGGAGAAGAGCAAAUGACUCACAGCAAUUGUGACCUCACGCAAUUAUUUAAAUACGUAAAGUUGCAUAAUUACUAUAAGACAGUCAUUGUAUUUAUAUUAUUUAAGUCUUUUUUGGAUGUUGACCAAAUAAACGGUAAAGCGUUCACGUGAUGUACAAGUCGAUAUGUGUAUGUCGAUAUGUAUAUAGAAUACACUUUUCAUUAAAACGG